UAGAAUACUGCGUUCACAUUAGUAAUCAGUUUUUCUCUUGGCUUAAAGAUAAAUAUUCAUCAUUUUCCAUUCCCGUUUAAUUCUACCCAUAUUGUAUGGUAGCUAUAAAUGCUUGGCGAAUCCACUCUUGUUGUUUAUUUUCCUGAUUUUUGACAACCACGUGUUAAUUAUUUGACAUGGUCUAUAUAUAGAGCAGCAAAAUCUCUAUGUUCUUCAAUUUAAGUGUUUAUAUUGUGUGUCACAGAGAGAGAGAGAGAGAGAAUUUAAGUGUUUAUAUUGUGUCACAGCUAGAGAGAGAGAGAGAUGAAAACCAUACAAGUACUUCACAUGAACAAAGGGGAAGGAGAAACUAGCUAUGCAAAAAAUUCAACAGUUCAGAGGAAGGUGAUAUCAAUGGGUGACUCAAUAAUCAAGGAAGCUGUACUAGACAUUUUGUGCAACAAUUUUCCAGAGAGCAUGGGCAUUGCUGAUCUGGGAUGCUCAUCUGGACCCAACACCUUGAUUGUGAUCUCCGAGAUAGUGGGUAUCGUAUCGGCCACAUGCCGGGUUAUUGGCCGUCCCGUGCCAGAGUUACGGGUGUCCUUGAAUGAUCUUCCGGGCAAUGACUUCAAUGACAUAUUUGAGUCAUUGCCAGCAUUCUACAACAAACUCAAUGAAGAGAAAGGUGGAGGGUUCGAGCACUGUUUUAUAUCCGGUGUGCCGGGUUCUUUUUACGGGAGGCUGUUUCCGAGCAAGAGCCUGCAUUUUGUGCACUCCUCUUCUAGUCUCCAUUGGCUUUCUCAGGUUCCGCCAGCUCUGGACAACAAGGUUAGCAUACCUCUAAACAAGGGAAAGAUCUAUAUAUCUAGGACGAGCCCAGUUAGCGUGUUGGAGGCAUAUUUUUCACAAUUCCAAAAAGAUUUCUCGAUCUUUCUCAAGUCACGUUCUGAAGAAAUGGUGCAUGGAGGACGGAUGGUCUUGUCAUUCGUGGGCAGAAGAACUGCAGACCCCUCAACUAUAGAGAGUUGCUACCACUGGGAGCUCUUAGCCCGAGCACUAAUGACCAUGGUUUCAGAAGGUCUUGUUCAAGAGGAGAAGGUUGAUUCCUUCAAUGCUCCUUACUAUACACCAAGCCCAGAAGAACUGAAAAAUGAGGUCGAACGAGAAGGGUCAUUUCUCUUAGAUCGCCUGGAGUCCUUUGAAAUUGAUUGGGAUGGUGGUGCCCAAGACCAGGGGACACUAGUAUCAAGUGGUCAGAGUGUGGCCAAGACGGUUAGAGCCGUGGUUGAGUCGAUGCUCGAAUGUCAUUUUGGAAGAGACAUCAUGGAUGAUUUGUUUCGAAAAUACAGUGACAUUGUGGAUGAUCACUUGUCCAAAAACAGGACCAAGUACACUAAUUUGGUUGUUUCCAUGUCUAAGAUUUAAUUAAAUUCAGAGAGAACAUUGAUUAACACUAUCUGUGUACUGUAUUUUCUUUUUCUUAUUUGAACGGUAAAUUAUAUAUAAUUCUUAAUGAAUUAAUACCAUUGUCAUCGUUAUCACCGUCAUUGUCUUUAUUUCAAUAGAGAUGGGCUGGCCACAUAGAAUUUUCUUUUUC